GAUGUUGUUCUCGCAUUGAUUUCAGCACAUUGAACCACGGAAGAACAGAGAGACGGAAGACAACAAUGGCAGCUCAAGGAGACCUGAAGUUGCUAGGCUUGUCGGUGAGCCCAUUCGUAGUUCGUGUUCGCAUGGCGCUCCACAUGAAGGGCUUGAGCUACGAGUAUAUCAAACAGGACCUCUUCAACAAGAGUGAGCUCCUCCUCAAGUCCAACCCGGUGGAGAAGAAGGUGCCCGUACUCAUCCACGAUGGCAAGACCGUACUCGAUUCUUCGGUCAUCGUGCAGUACAUCGACGAAGUCUGGGCCGCCAUGGGGCCGUCGAUCCUCCCUGUCGACCCCUACGAGCGCGCCACCGCCCGCUUCUGGGCCGCCUACGUCGACGACAAACUAUUCUCCGCUUAUGUCGGUGUUAAUAAAGCAGUGACGGAGGUGGAGAGGAUGGAGAAGGUUAGCGAGACGCUUGCGGUGCUAGAGCAACUUGAGGAGGCAUUUGCCAAGCAUUCCAACGGAAAGGGCUUCUUCGCCGGGGACUCCAUCGGGUACCUUGACCUCGCAGUAGGAUGCCACUUGCACUGGCUCAAGGCGCAGUGUAAGAUGUUCGGCGUGGUGUUCCUCGACGCCGGCAAGACUCCGCUCUUAGCGACCUGGGCGAAACGGUUCACUGAGACCGAUGCGGCGAAGGAGGUGGUACCUGACACAGACGUGGUGAUGGAGUAUGCUAAGAAGCGCCAGGCUUAUCGUGUUGCUGUUGCUGCGGCGGCAGCGAGUGCCAAGUGAAACGCUUCAGACCAAUGCGACCGAGUAUCGACUACCCAAGCAUAGCGAAAUCAAGCUGAUCACUUAUGUACGUAUAUAUGUAUUUGGGAGUUUAGUUUCCAUCAAGUCUCCGCACGCACUGAACACUUGCUCUAAACAACAAUGCUUUGUGAGGGUAUAAGAGUGUAUCAUAUGUUAAAUAACUUAUGUUGGAGGGAGCCUCCUAGCGCAAUGACAAGUGAGUUAUGUUUUCA